GAUCCGCAGCCGUCGGUCGUCAUGUGGUCCCUGUAAAGACGAGAGAACAGAAAACAUGGCUGCUAUGCUGUUUUAGCAGCACCAGUACCACUUCUUGGAGAUACUUUAGGAUAUUAAAGCAAAGCUGUCAUGGAGAUGCAGAGAAGACAGCUGACUCCAGAGGAAGAUGCCCUGGAGCACAUCGUUCCGUGCAGGGACAAACCCUUCCUUGAGGAACGCUUUAUCGACUCCUUUAAAGGUAGAGGAGUGUUCACCCACAAAGCCAUCAAACCAUCUUCAUUUGUUGUUGAAUAUCGGGGGAACGUCUUUCGCCAAACAGACGCGCCUCAGAGGAAAUAUGAUGAACCUCUGAACAAUUAUUUGUUUGAGUUUACAUGGGACGGGGCACAGUGGUGUGUUGAUGCCUCCAAAGAGGACAGGAGCCUUGGUCGACUUGUGAAUGACAAUCACAUAAGUCCCAACUGUGAAAUAAGGACAGUUGUCUGUGAAGGGAAACCACACUUGUGCCUGUUUGCAGUGAUGGAAAUAUCUCAAGGCGAGGAGAUAACUUACAACUAUGGGGACUCCUCUUAUCCGUGGAGAUCAAUGGCGUCCUGCGAAGGAUCGAGUACUUCAUACCCAGACUUUUAUACUGCUUCAUCAACACCAAGAAAUGAAAGACUUCAAGACUCGCCAGCUUCAAGCUUUGGAAAUUCCUUCUCUGAUGAAGAUGACUACGUACAACCAGACAGCGAACCGAGUCGUGACGGUGCCAGUUUCGCCGACAUCAACACUCAGUUAGAUUUCAGGGACACUUCACCUUUUGCAGACUCUUCUAAAGAGAUGAUGGGGAGCUUUGUGCUGCCACCAGAUGAAGCAUCGUUCACCCAGCAGGAGGAUGACGUCAGUUCAGAUGGAGACGAGGGAACCAGCGAGGCGACAGCAAACCCAGAUGCUCGCUCUUGGACCAGUAAAAAUUAUUGUUACGUUUGCGGGAAAGGGUAUAGUAAACUUGCUCGGCAUUUUGUAAAGCAUGCUGAUCAAGAGCUGGAAAUCGCUGAAGCUUUGGCAUUGCCUAAAACCUCCAGGGAGCGAAAAAAGAUACUUGACGAAUUACGCAACUGGGGGAAUUACCUGCAUAACAAGGAGGUGUUGAAGAGCAAAAGUGGAGAGUUGAAACUGAAAAGACGACCGAAAACCGGGGAAGUCACUACGAAAACAUUUGUGCACUGUCUGCAUUGUAAAGGCAUGUUUCGCCGUAAGGAGAUCUGGCGGCAUGUAUCCAGAUGUCCUUCGAGGACAUCCGGAAACUCUGAAACAUCAAACUCAGCAACAGGUGGCCAUAAAAAAGUCCUAGGUGAGAUCGCUCUUGCAGAGUCACCAUACACCAAAAACCUUCAGCCUAAUGUGAGGGAGAUACUCUUAAAUAUGAAUCAAGAUUUGAUUGCAUCCGCAGUUCAAAAUGACUUCCUUCUAAUUCAGCUGGCACAGUAUCUGUCUGAGAAGUACGGAAAUGAUCCAAGUAAACAUGAAUAUGUGAGACAGAAGCUGCGAGAAAUGGGAAGACUUUUGCUCGCACUGCAUGAGAAGUCGAUAUAUAGCUUCGAAGAGGCGAUAAAACCCAAAAACUUCAACAAAGUUGUUGAUGCUGUGAAAGUUCUCGCUGGUUUCGAUCAAAAGAUGCAGGGCUACAACAAACCGAGUCUUGCCUUGAAAAUAGGACAUUCGCUGAAAAAAUUAGGCAACAUUGUCCUCAAUGGAGACAAUUGCAACGAGAGGAAGAUGAAAGACACAAAGACAUUCAUGAAACUGUGCACAAAAGAAUGGUCUGAACAAAUCUCCCACACAGCCCUCGCUUCAUUAAACGGACGGAGAGUAAACAAGCCGUCGACCAUACAGUUCACACGUGAUGUGCAGGCGUUUUUCAGGUACCUGGAAAAAACAUCAGCAUCUGCAGUUGAAAGCAUGAAGACUUCUGAAAGCCAGCAGGUCUACACGGCGCUCUGCAGAGUGACACUUGCACAAGCCACAGUCCUGAGCAAAUGUGCACCUGAGGUCUCAAAAAUGACACUGAAGACGUUCCAGGAGAGAGACGACUCUACUCAAGUGUUGUCCAAGCAUUUCCUCAGGAUGAAUAUUGUGUUCAAGAGUGGCAAAAACGUUGCCGUCUUGUUGACCUCUCAGCUUGUCAGUGCACUCACGCUGCUUGUGAGCAAGAGAAGCACAUGUGGUGUUCACGACGCGAAUCCUUUCUUGUUUGCAAAGCCGAACUCUUCUCCUGUGAGCCUCUUCCACGGAGGCAACUGCAUCAGAGCUUUCUCAAGUCUGUGUCGUGCGAAGAGUCCAGAGCAUCUCCGGUCGGUACAUCAUCACAAGCACAUUGCAAGAAUCUUCCAGAUUCUCAACCUGGAGAAUGACGAGCUUGACCGCCUCGCUAAGCUGUUGGGCCAAGACAUCCGGGCCGACAGGGACUACUAUCGGCUGCCGGAGGCCGCGGUGGAGCUGGCAAAAAUAUCAAAGCUCCUCCUGGCGAUGGAAAAGGGUUCUCUUGAAAAGUUCAAAGGAAACUCUCUGGACGACAUCGAGAUUGAAGAUGAAUUGGAGCCAGAUGUGGAGCAAGUCAUCCCUGAAAACUGUUACACAGAGGACAACGAGGAAUCAGAAGACUUGGUUCAGCAGAGCGAUGCUGCAGAACAACAAGGCAAUCACCCGACACCUGAGCAGGACGCCUUGGAGCACGUCAAGGCCUGCAGGGACAAACCCUUCCUGGAGGAGAGAUUUAUCGACCCCAUUAAAGGGAGAGGUGUGUUCACCUGUGAAGCCAUCGAACCAUCCAGCUUCGUUGUUGAGUUUCGGGGGAACAUCUCGCGGCACAAAGAAACCAUGAAACAGAAGCAGCAAGAUGCUCUGAACGAUUAUGUGUUUGACUUCUCGUGGAAUAAAACGUUCUGGCAGAUUGAUGCUUCCAGCGAGGACGGGACCCUCGGGAGGCUCGUGAACGACGAUCACAUCAGUCCAAACUGUGUCGUGAAGACAGUUGUCUGUGAGGAGAAACCACACCUCUGUCUGUUCGCAGUGACGGAGAUCUCUCCAGGCGACGAGAUAACGUUCAACUACGGCGACUCCUCUUACCCGUGGCGCUCAAAGGAAUGCACCUCGGAACUAAAUCCAUCACCAACAGAAGAAAACGCUGCAGCAUCUCCACCAGAGGAUGAAAAUGCUGAGGACUCGUGCUGUGAUGACGACUUCGCUCCUUCUACCAGCAACCAGCAGCGUCAGAGCUCCUCAGAGUGCGACUCCUCUGACGACUUCAACCCAGACGAAGAGGUCAAGAACCCUUCCUUCACCAGCAAGAACUAUUGUUUCGUCUGCGGCGCGGCUCAGUCUAAAAUAUCUCGCCACCUCCUGACUCACAGGAAGGAAGUGCCUGAAAUAGCUCAACUGUUGAAACUACGCAAAAACUCCAAAGAACGAAAGCGGCUGUACAGCAAGCUGCGAGAUCGAGGGAAUAACAAACACAAUCAGGAGGUUCUGAAGAAUCGCAGCGGAGAACUGAAAGUGAAGAGAAGAAAAUCAAACAAGCAUGCCACUGCUGCAGUAUUCAGGCCCUGUCGGUACUGUCAGGGCAUGUAUACUCGUGCAGACAUGGGGCAACAUCUGAAUAAGUGUCCUGCAAGGCAGUUCUCAAGAUUUCAAACACGUGGCAAGACUCAAAUUUUAGACUUGGUGGAUUCUGCCGAGUCGACAGACCCACAAAACAUGCCGGCCGACCUGAGGAAGAUGUUAGAGACGCUGAAGGAUGACGAGAUUUCAUCUGAAGUCUGGAACGACUCGCUCAUACUGCAGCUGGCUCAGUGUUUGUACAAAGCAACUGAAAAAAAAAAUACAAGAUGUGAAAAAAUCAAAGACAAGGUGAGGCAAAUGGGACGACUCCUGUUUAUACUGAAGAAGAAGUCGAUAUGUAGCAUGGAAGAGGCCAUCAAACCGGAAAACUUCAGCAAAGUUGUUGAAGCUGUGAAGGAGCUCACCGGCUUCAAUGACCAGUCAAAGUCCUGCGCCAAAAUCUCCGUCAUGAGGUUUGUGGGAUUCUGUCUGAAGAAAAUCGGUGACAUUAACUUCGCCAGAGCUCUGAAGGAGAACGCCGACAAGGAGACGAUGAACAAAGCUCAGGAGUACAUGAUGCUGUGUGCCAAAGAGUGGAACUCGGCCCCUUCGUCUAAAGUCAACACCAUCCCAUUCGUGCAGGACGUGCAGCUUUUCUUCCAGUGCUUGGAGAAGACGGCAGUGUCUGGAGUCGAGAGUCUGAGGAUGUACGUGUGCGCUCCGGUCUACACGGCGCUCCUCAGAGUUACGGUCGCACGAGUGUCGGUGCUGAACAAAAAUAUGCCCGAAGUUUCAAAAUCGACGCUCAAGUCAUUCAAGGAACGAGAUGAGGCCGAAGACGCAGCUGUCAGUCAGUCACCGCUGGAGCAAAUACUCAACAAACACAUUGUGAAAAUCAACCUCAUGAACCAAAGCGACCAAAAGAUUCCCGUCACGUUGACCUCUGACCUCCUCACUGCAAUCACGCUGCUUGUGGAUAAAAGAGAAGCAUGUGGCAUCCAUGCGGAGAACCCCUUCUUGUUUGGACGACCUGAAGCCUCAAGCUCCAGCUUCUAUCACGGACACCAGUGUGUCAGCGUUUUUGCGUCACGUUGUGGUGCAAAGAACACGUCGAACCUCCGACCUCCGCUUCACAAGCACAUUUUAAGAGUUUUCCAGAUUCUCAGCCUGACGAACGACGAGCUCGAUCAGCUGGCCAAACUGUUGGGACGCGACAUUCAGACAGACAGAGAGUUUUAUCAGACGCCAGAGGCAGCUGCCGACAUCGCAAAGAUCUCAGAGCUUCUGUCAGCAGCCGAGAACGGAUCUCUGGAAAAGUUUGAAGGGAAAUCGCUUGAAGAAAUUGAGAUUCCAGAUGAGCUGGAACUGGAUGUCGAGCAGCCAAAUGAAGAAUCUCUUCUGCUGAGCGGUCUCCCCUUCACAAAGGGCACUGCUUCAAAACCAAAAAAGAAGAAGAAGAGCCGGAAAAAGAAGCCGGAGAGCGAAGACGACGACUUCUACCUGGAUGACGAGGUGAACACGGAGAGAGACGACUGGUCGGAGGAGCAGCUGGCUGGCAACGCACCUGAGGACACGGCGUCCCGUGGCAACGAGGACGCCACGAGGAUGUCCUUCAGCGACGGAGAUGACGACAUGAACGUGGACUUUGACGUGGACAUGGACACCGAUGAGGACAUCAGGAAUGAGGAACGUAAUGGAGACACGACAAAGGAGAACGAUGACAGCAGGGCUGCAGACCCUGAAGACGUAAUGGACUUUAAUGCUGUGAACAAUUCAGAGACACAAGAUCAAAAGAAAGGAGCCGAGCAAAAUAACUGGAUGGAUGUGAACAGCAGGAGUUCCUCUGACAAGUUAAUGGAAGAAAAGAAGAAAAAAUUAUUAGCUGCAGUGGCCGGAAUGAAACAAGCAAAGAUAUUACUUGAAAAACUGGACAUUGUAAAAUAUCAGGCUUCAGUCAAGUCGCCCGUCCAAGACGACAACAACCUGCAGAAUCGAAGAUCCUCCAAACACACAAACGACAAGCAAAGCUACGCGAAGGCGACGGAGAUGAACUGUUCCUUCUGCAGGAGCAUCAUGAUGAAGGGACAAACAGCCUAUCAGAAGAAAGGAUUCACAGACGUCUUCUGCUCCAAAAACUGCCUUUUCCAAAUGUUUCCCAUUGUGAAAACAGUCACAAAAACGUGCCACUACUGCAUCAAGUCGAUCUCACAGCCUGCGGACCUCAUCAUGGCUGCAGUGGACAAUAAGGGAACUAUGAAGGAUUUCUGCAGCGUAACAUGCCUGAUCUCGUUCAAGUCCGACUCCGUUCCGACUACCUGCAGCAUGUGCAACAAAGCCUGCACUAGCACAUGUGAGUUGAUCCUGAAUGAGACGGUCCACCCGUUCUGCAGCGAUCCCUGCCUGCAAGAUUUCCACAGGGAAAACGUGGACGUCUGUGAGAACUGCAGCUUGUCCCUCCUCAAACGCCUGAUGCUGAGGCUGAAGCUGGAGGAUGGGACCAAAGCCAUCUGCAAACAAGAUUGUCUGGACGAGUUCAAAGAGAAUAUAACGACGCCCCACCAAUGCACCAUGUGCCACAGUUUGCGACCAGUUUCUAACAUGGUUGGUUACAAGAACGAGGAGAACAUUGUGACGCUCUUCUGCACCCGCAACUGUGUGACGUCUUAUAAGCUUGGGCUUGAGUUUGCCAACAAGUCUACAGAUGAGAAAAGCUCAGGUACGAUGAGCAAGAGGAAAAGAGGCAGGCCAAAAAAAAUCCUGAGUACUGUGGAGGAGUGUGGAGAGGAGACUGUUAAUACUGAGAAUGAAAAUAUCGUGACAGACUCGGCUGUGAGUGAACACGAUGCACCUGCAGCUGUCAUAGCCACGUCAGACACGAUCACACGCAGAUCGGGGUCCUUCUGCUGCAAGUGUGGAAAGCAUCUGCCGGAUGGAGAGAUGAUGUACUGUCAGAAGAACAAGAAGGACGUUUUCUGCUCCAAAGAAUGCGUCUUUGAAAAGCAACAAAUGGCUAAACUCGUCACCAAAACCUGCUACAACUGCCUCCAGGUGAUAACGCGGCCUCAGAAGUUGAUCAUGGCUCCGGUCGAUGAUUCAGGAACGAUGAAGGAGCUGUGCAGCAGCGCGUGCCUCUCUUCUGUCAACUCCAAAAGAAAGGCGACUGCCCUCAAAGCCAAGUGCAAGAUGUGCAGCAAAGUCAGCUCUUGUAAAUCCAGAAUGACAGUGGACGGCUCGCUCCACAUAUUCUGCAGCAACGCCUGCUUCAUCCACUACCACAGAGCCAACAACCUGCCGGUGUCCCUGUGUGACGUCUGCAGCUGCGUCAUCCGCGACAACAACACCAAUCGAUUCAUGCUGAAGGCGGACGACGGCACGAAAAUCAUCUGCAGCGACGAAUGUCUGGUCAAGUACAAAGAGAACAUUGAGGCGUCUCGGCCGUGCCCCAUGUGCCAGACGUCCCACCAGCUGUCAGACAUGGUUGAAGGUGAAAACCAGGAGGGCAUGCUGGACUUCUUCUGCAGCAACAGAUGUAUGAUGGUGCACAAGGCUCAGUCCUCCUCCGUCUCCGGAAGGAACAGCCCACCAUCUGAGAAUAAUGACAUUAAAGAAGUGAAGCCGUCUCCAUCAUCUGAAGAGUUUGACUUUAAGGAAGGGAAACCGUCUAAAACAUAUUUGGACUUUAUCAAAGAAGAACCGGUGGAUGAGGGCUACAGCCAGAACCCCCCGUCCUCCGUCUCCACAGAAAACAUCAAGGACGAGCCGAAGGCUGGAGACGAUUCGACCAAGGACGACUUGAAGAUCGAUUCAGUCUUCUCCUUGACGGGAGGCUCGUCCUCGGCCACGUCCACAGCUCAACUUCUCACCCAGGUGGAUUUUCCUGCACCUUGUUCCAACUGCAAACAGGUCCUGCUGGACGGAGAGACGGUGUACCAGAGGAAAGACCACGCUGACAUCUUCUGCUCCACUUCCUGCCUGCUGACAUUUUACCAAAAGACUCAAGUUAAGAGGACGUGCAGCUUCUGCCUUCAAGGGAUGUCGCAGACUCAGGAGGUCCUGCAGGUCCCGGGGGACGAAGAGGGGACGAUGAAGGAUUUCUGCAGCGUAACCUGCCUGUCCUCCUUCAACUACAAGAAAAUCAUGUCCACCAAAAUACAGCUGGCACCCGUCACGUCACAGUCACAGUGCAGCAUGUGCAGCAGAUAUUGCAUAAGCAAACGUGAGAUCAUCCAGCAGGACUCCGUCCACAAGGUCUGCAGCGACCCUUGUUUCCUUCGCUUCUGCAACCUGAACAACCUGACGAUCUGCGAGAACUGUCGCUCCUGCUGCGACUCGCCUCUCCUGCUCCGCAUGGAAGACGGCUGCAAGAAACUCUGCAGUGCAGAGUGUUUGGCCAAAUUCAAACAGACGAUCAAAACACUGCAGCCGUGUGCGAUGUGCCGCAUCUCGUUUUCAGUGCCGGAUAUGUUUGAAAACAAAAGCAGCGAGGACGUAGUGGAGCUCUUCUGCACCAGGAGUUGUGUGAUUGCAUCGAAGAUUCAGGCGUCAGGAACUCCACUGAGUUGUGACCAAUGUGGUAAGAACCAACUACCUGCCUGCCACCUCGCCAUGUCGGACGCCUCCAUCAGAAACUUUUGCACUCUGACCUGUGCCAUGUCUUUUAAGGACGCCCAAAAGGACACGAGUGCUGCCACUAACUCGACCGGAGCUGCAGACCAAACACAGAAUGACUUCCACAAACCUCCAGAGAAACUGCCGUGUGCUCAGUGUCAGCGCGCUAUAAAAGCUGCUCCCAAAGUCAUCCAGAGAAAGGGCAAGAUUAAUUUUGUGUGCAGCGUGGCGUGUUCUGAGGAGUUUAAGAAGGUCGACAACCUCUUGGGAAAGUGUGAAUAUUGUAAGAAAAAAAAGAUCGUCAGUGACGUGAAGAAGGUCGACGGCAAAGAACGCUACUUCUGCAGCGACGGCUGCCUGGUGCUGUUUCGUCGCAAGCUGGAGAAGGAGUGGGGCGACCACUGCGGCUCGUGUGCAUACUGCUUCUGCAUCUCUCGGACGCUGGUGACGGCGAAGUGUGACGGCGCUGACGAGAAGUUCUGCUCUGAAGAAUGCAGCUCAAACUACAGCACGCCCCACUGCCGUGUUGCAAAGUGCGACACCUGCGGCCGUGACGGUAAACUGAGGCAGCGGCUCCCCCUGCUGGGAGAAGUCAAACACUUCUGUGACCUGAGAUGUCUCCUUCAUUUCUGCAAUAAAAAGGUCCAGAUGGGCAACACAGUCUCUUCUCCUCCUCGACCUUCAGACACGGUCGACUCCUCCCCCGUCAUCGAAAACGUUAUCUCACUUGCUGGCGCUUUGGCGAUGCGGCCCGGAGCCUCUGAUAGCUCUACACAACAUGUCUCUGACCCCGACAUUCAAACAAAGGUUGUUGGACAUGCCAGUGUUCAGACCGUCCCCACGCAGCUGAAGAACAAGUCCAUGCUGUGCACGCCGCUGGUCCACAACAAAGGAGUCUCCUGCACGACACAGACAGUCGACACCCAGACUCAGACAGACAAGACAAAAUCUGUCCCCAAAUUGGUGGUCCUGCCUGUCCCAGUGCCGGUGUACAUUCCUCUGCCUCUGAACAUGUACAGCCAGUACACACCGACGCCUCUGGGCCUGCCUCUACCGCUUCCCGUGCCCGUGUUUCUUCCCGAACCGACGGUGAAAUCCAUGAAGGAAACAGUCGAGCUGGAGCUGCUGCAGGGAGAAGCUGGUUUAAAGUCUGAGGUGAAGAAAGCGAGGCGAGGCGAGACGAGGAAGAGAGACGACAGAGUGACAACAGGAGAGGCACAAAGAGAAGAAAGUUACGCUCUAAAGGACUGCAGCGAUGACUUGGAUUCAAAUCAUCAGGAGACUUUCAGCAACCAGGACGACUCUGAUGUCAGCUCUGCGUCACACAGUCGACUGCACACCCAUGAAAAUCCACCACCUCUGUUUUUAGAGAUAAUUGGGUCUGCUGAGCCUCAACCUGACCUCCUUCCUCCUCCUCCUGCUGCACCGGCUCCUCCGCUAUCUAAACAAACCUUUGGAAAAAUCCACAACAAGAACAAGCGCCGUAAGCUGCAUCAGUCGUCCACAGCGGCUAAAGAGGGAAAGUUGACGUCCAGGACGCACGGCGAGCUGCAGAGUCGAUGCGGCAUCGACGCCUGGAAGAGAUGGAUCCAGUGGAGGAACUCACACUCCAAGCUGGACCUUGAUUCUCCUCGUGCUGAGACGUUAAACGAGGACGUUCUUCGCUGCUCUGCGGUCGAGCUGAACAACAGCCUCUGUUGUUUCAUCACGGAGGUGAAACGACCCGACGGAGAGCCGUACUCCCCCGACAGCCUGUUCUACCUCUGCCUCGGCAUCCAGCAGUUCCUGUUUGAGAACGGCCGUUUGGAAAACAUAUUCAGUGAUCUGAUCUACAGCAAGUUCUCCACACACAUCACCAAAAUCCUGAAAGGUUUCAAACCGUCAGCCGGUGGCUCCUGUGUGGAGGAAGAGUUUCUGUGGGACUGUAAACAGCUGGGGGCGUACUCCCCCAUCAUCCUCGUCAACACGCUGCUCUUCUUCUGCUGCAAACACUUUGGUUUCACCACGGUGGAGCAGCACCGCCGGCUGUCCUUCGCACACGUCGCCUGCUGCACCAAAACUAACCCGAACAACUCCAAGACCACCUUCCUGCGUUUCUACCACCCAAUGUCCAUAAACAAGGGCGAGUCAGAUGCAGACGGCGUUCCUGCUAAGAAGCGUAAGAAAACUGAGGGUAAAGAGGAUUUCCUGGAGAUGAUGGAGAACACGGAGAACCCUCUGUGCUGUCCAGUCCGACUCUACGAGUUCUACCUCUCCAAGUGCCCUGAGUCGGUGAGGCGGCGCUCCGACCUGUUCUACCUCCGUCCAGACGUCAGCUGUGUUUCCAGCAGCCCGCUGUGGUUCUCCUCCGCCCCGAUGGACGCCGGGGACGUGGAGGCCGCGCUCGUACGAAGCCUCGCCGUCCGAGAACUGCAGGAGGGAGACGGAGGAGACGGAGGAGGUGCGGAGCGGCAGACGUCACCGCUCGGACCAGAUGAGGAGGAUUCAGAGUGAUGAAGGGAAGUUUACAAAUUACUUUUUUUCCCCUUUUGGACAACUUUGUUUUCAUUUUAUAUCAAGUGGCAUUAAAAAAAAAGGACAGAAAAACUCAUCAAACUGAAAACACAUUUUGUGAUUUAUCUCUCUGCAUAAACCUUGAGUAAACUCGGACCGUUGCUCCGUUUAGCUGCUGUUUUGUUGUUCAACUAUAAAAGAAAAAAGACGUUUUAUUGCUGAUUUAUACCGUUUGUUGACUCUGUGUCACAGAUAAUGUUGCUGCUUUUUCAGCUGUGACUGGAGAUUCAUUUUUAUUUUCAAAUAAUAAAAAUACUGAAAA